UGAGAGUAGGCCAGGUGCAGUGCAGGUACAGCAAACGACGGGCAAGUGGAGGAAUUCAGGUCGACCUGUUUUAGAAAACAGAAAAGAAAACCUACAAUAUGCCAACAAAGAAGAGGAAGUAUGAAGCAAGGUUUCCUACUGCUAGAAUAAAGAAAAUUAUGCAGACUGAUGAAGAAAUAGGGAAAGUUGCCGCUGCUGUACCUGUUAUUAUUUCACGAGCUUUGGAAAUUUUUAUCCAACAAUUAGUUGAGAAAACUUCAGACUUGACCAAAGCAAAACGAGCAAAAACUAUGACUACUGGUCAUCUAAAACAAUGUAUUGAGUCUGAAAAUCAGUUUGACUUCUUAAAAGAUUUGGUUGCUAAUAUUGCUGACAUGCAGAAUCAAGAAGAAGAUGACAACAAUGACUCGGGGGAAACAAAAGCAAAGAAACCAAGAAAACCGAGAGCCCCCAGCGAAAAGAAAAAGUCGACAAAGAAAUUUCACAAAUCAUCAUCAUCAAACGAUUCAGAGGAGGAAGAUGUAUCCGACAAUACAGAAGAUACGGCGAUUGUGUUCCCUAGAGGAAAUGCCGAUGAAGAAGGAAACGAUGUUAAGGAGAGCAGAACAGACUCAAACAGUGCUACUUGUACAAUAACAAAACCAGCUUUAAAUUCUUCGCAAUCCCUUAACGACAAUGCCUCCUCGAGCUCGACGAGUAUUGGCGGUGCGACAACCUCGCAUUCACUUCCACUGAUGCUGCAGUCACAACAAGAUGACGAUGAAGAAGAUUACGACGAAGACGACUAGUCUUGCCUGCUAUAAGCAAAUCCAUUCGCGUUUAACGUUUAAUAGGACUUGAAAACAUUAGAGAACUGUCUGUUCUAGAAUUACCGCGUUAAGCAGUAUCUUUCAAGGUUUGACUUAGUACAUGUUCUCCCUCGUGCGUGAAGCCACGAUGGAAGAGCUGAGUACCCUCGUCUAUGGGUUAUUGAGGAUUCUUGGCAAAUCUUAUUUUUGUUAUUCAGUUUUCGUAGAUGGCUAGUUCUUCUUCUGCGGCCUUGAUUGAUUCCGAGGUUUCUAACCACCUCGCUCGCAUGAUUACCAACUCCCUGCUCAUUGAUUCAGAUAUUUAUUAUAUAUAUAUAUUUUCGUCAUUUCCAGUGUAAGCGGCUUUUGAUCUGUUAUGCUAAGAGAGUGAGAACCUAUGCCAAUCAUGAUUAUUUUUUAAAGAAAAUAUUUACCUCAUUUUAUUUUAAAUUUUAUUCUGUUAUCGGGGAAAGCAUGUUCGGAUGCAGUAACCAAAGCGGCCUGUUACCAAAUCACCAGUUAUCACAAGCGAGGGAUUUUGCUACACUUAGCAACAUUUCUUAAUGUUUGAACUGUUGUACGAUUAUGUUUUAAGAUUGAUAGACUUUUAAUUGAAAAGCAUCCUUCAUUUUGUGAGGAAGCAGGCAUUUUUUUUAUUUGCUCCAGGGAAUUUAAAAAUGACUAGCAUUUUCAAGUAACAUCUACUAGAAUGACUUUUUCGAGAAAAUUUAUUCCUACACGUCUUUAAAAUAAUAACCCAUAAAAAAGACCAUUAUGGAACUGCUGCCCUAAUUACUUGCUUAGAAGCAAUGAUUUUCUAGGGGUCUGUUGGAGGCAUUAACGUAACUCAGUAAGCGAUUUGUGAAGUCGGCCUAAUACUUUCACCAGUCUGUAUAUUUAAGUGUUUAUCAUCUUUUCUGAAACCUUUACUUUGAGUCUUUUUUUAUAAGAUUCAAACCAUAAAGACGCAGAAAACAGUUGAUAAUGUUUCCUUUUUCUUUUUUUCGGCGUUUUCAAAAUGCGAUCUAACGAACAAUUUAAAGCUUGUAUUUCCACUGAUCUCGAAAAUACAGACCAAUAAAUAUUUACUGUCGUUCUCAAGGUAGAGAUUCUUGCAUCAUCAUUGCAAGGUGCACUUCGUCCUCAAAAAUUUUCUUUUAAACUCGGAAAUGUCAAAGAUCAUAUUGUAUCAUUUUCUAUUUUAGCAACAACAAAUAGGGGUUUGUCAGGAAGAAUUUCUUAGACCAUUCCUUGGCUAGGCCAAUAUUGUCAAAUAUGAUACCCUUCACUAAACUUUGACUUCAACAUGCAAAAAAGUAUACCCUUAGCUAGUUCCAA